CUUUUUCACCACGUCUUUUCAGUUUAAGCCGGUCCCACUUUACGAUAUCAUAUAAUUGUAUUUUUAUCUUUUAUUUCUGCGUGAAGAUGAACCAGUAAAACAAAAUUUCAAAAGUGAUUUUAAUAGCAAUAGGUAUUCAUUAAACCAACAGCCGCCUUAAAACAGUUUUUUUUUAAAUAAGUUGACUUAAAAAAUUUUGAAGAAAUAUGUCACGCUCAUCAAUAGGAAGAAGGUUCUAUAGAGGAGAAUCCUGUAGUAACUUAGUUGGUCUACUAGAUAGAGGGCAACAGGCCGAAGAAGAUAAUAGAUGGACCUUCGAAGUCGCCUGGGAAGCUGCAAACAAAGUUGGAGGUAUUUAUACAGUUAUAAGAUCGAAAGCUUACAUCUCCACUGAAGAGAUGGGAGACCAGUAUUGCUUGUUAGGACCUUAUAAAGAAUCAUGUGCAAGAACUGAAGUUGAAGAAGGUCCAUUAGGAUCGGAUGUUCUCAACGAUGCAGUUCAAGUUCUAAGAGAAAAGGGCUACAAGAUUGUAACUGGGAGAUGGCUGGUGGAUGGCAACCCUCAGAUAAUCCUUAUGGAUAUUGGAUCUGUUGCUUGGAGAUUAGAUGAAUUCAAGGCUGAGUUGUGGGACAAAUGCAAUUUAGGGGUUCCUCAUCUUGAUACAGAAAGUAACGAUGCUAUAAUUCUUGGACAGAUGGUGGCUGAAUUCAUUGCUCAGUUCAAAGAUACUGUUGUUGCUAGAGGAGAAGAAAAGCAACCCAAAAUCGUCUGCCACUUCCAUGAGUGGCAAGCUGGUGUAGGACUGAUUUACCUUCGAACUCGACAUGUAAAUGUAGCUACAGUCUUCACAACUCACGCGACCUUAUUAGGAAGGUAUUUAUGUGCAGGUAGCACAGAUUUUUAUAACAAUUUAGAUAAGUUCAACGUAGAUAAUGAAGCAGGAAAAAGACAAAUUUACCAUAGAUAUUGUAUGGAAAGAGCAGCCUCUCACUUAGCACAUACUUUCACAACAGUCUCUGACAUAACAGGGUACGAAGCUGAGCAUUUACUCAAACGAAAACCAGAUGUGAUUACCCCCAAUGGUUUGAAUGUAAAAAAAUUUUCUGCUCUACAUGAGUUCCAAAAUUUGCAUGCACUCUCUAAGGACAAAAUUCACGAGUUUGUGAGAGGACACUUUUAUGGUCAUUACGAUUUCGAUUUGGAUAAAACUCUGUAUUUUUUUAUCGCUGGACGCUAUGAAUUUGGGAAUAAAGGAGCUGAUAUAUUCAUAGAAGCAUUGGCGAGAUUGAAUCAUUAUUUGAAGUCAACAAACUCCGACACAACAGUGGUGGCUUUUAUGAUCUUCCCAGCAAAAACAGCCAACUUCAAUGUCGAAUCAUUAAGAGGUCAUGCUGUAACCAAAAGUUUGAGGGACACCAUCGUUGAUUUACAAAGUAGAAUGGGAAAAAGGAUGUACGAAAUAUGUCUAAGCGGACGGUUACCAGAAUCCAACGAACUAUUGCAGAAAGAUGAAAUGGUUAGGUUGAAACGUUGUAUAUACUCUCUUCAAAGACAAGGUUUGCCACCGGUUACAACACAUAAUGUUGUCGACGAUUGGCAAGAUCCCGUCCUAAAUGGCGUCAGAAGAUGUAAUUUGUUCAACACUUCAAGCGAUAGAGUUAAAAUUGUCUUCCAUCCAGAAUUUUUGAGUUCCACUAACCCUCUGUUUGGUUUAGAUUAUGAAGAAUUUGUUAGAGGUUGCCACUUAGGUGUUUUUCCAAGUUAUUAUGAACCAUGGGGUUACACACCUGCAGAGUGUACAGUCAUGGGUAUUCCCAGUAUCACUACUAACUUAUCAGGUUUUGGAUGCUUCAUGCAGGAACAUGUGGUAGAUCCUCAAUCAUACGGUAUAUAUGUGGUAGACAGACGUUUCAUAUCUCUUGAGGAUACUGUACAACAAUUGGCGCAGUUUAUGUACGAUUUUGCGCGUUUGAACAGAAGACAACGCAUUAUACAGAGGAACCGAACUGAACGUUUGAGUGAUCUAUUGGACUGGAGAAAUUUGGGAGUUUAUUACAGACAAGCUAGAAUGAAGGCUUUGAGAAUUGUAUAUCCAGACUUUAAGGAUGUAUUGGAAAAUGGUAUAGAUGGUAUGAACUUUUCUCGUCCAUACUCUGAACCGCCAAGUCCUAGCUCUAGCAAAGUCACCACUCCUGCUGCUUCUAUACAUGGAAGUGAUGAUGAAGGUGACUCUGUUGAUGAAGAAGGAGAGUUGGCUGAAUUACAGAUCAACCACAAAUGAAACCAAUAAACUUGUAAAUCCGAAUUGUAGAACCCCUUCUAAUCAAGAAUACUCUCUGGUCUAUAGCCUUCAAGAAAGAAAAUCAGAAAGUUGCUACUCUUGCUCAACUCCUUGUGCCAUUAGAUAUAUUAGAAAGUAUAUCACCAUCUGUUUUUUCGAACAAAAAUACUCGUGUUCUGAGAAAGUAAUUGUCUGGGUGUAUAAUAUACAGUUUGAAAGCUUAAAAGAACCAACAGAUCUGAACCUCUUGACAUAACUACACAAUUGGAAUAGGUUAAAACGUUUCAAAUAAUACAGUGUAUUAGUUUCUUAAGUAAUUAUCAAAUAAUUAAUAAUUGUAUGUUGAAAUAUAUAUAAUUCUGUUUUUCAUUACGACAAUAAUUGAAAAAGUAUUUAUAUGAAAUAUUGAUAUUUUUAUACCCAAGGCAAUUUAAUUUUAUUAUUAUUUAAGAUUAAUUCAAAAACUUCCUUGUGCUAGUGACAAUUGACUUAACUAUAUUAUAUUGUAUACUGAGGUACUUUAAUUUUAAUAGAAUCAUAUCUAUAACUACGUUUUUUAAAGACUCCAAACUUGUUAUCACAUUGUUAUUCAAUAAAUGAAUAUUUCGUUAA